UCAAAUAACCUUUCCAAUGUCAUUUCAUCUGAUUAACUUCAAUUCUAGAAUUUUAAAGAAGUUGGCAGUCAAAGUCAACAUCAAAAAUUUUACUACCGCAAUGACGAAAAAGGCGUUAGUUUUUCUCGCCCCAGGUGCAGAAGAAAUGGAGGCUGUAAUAUCCAUUGACGUACUGCGAAGAGGCGGUGUAGAUGUAACAGUCACUGGCCUCCCUGACGGUGACAUCGUCAGGUGCAGCCGAGGAGUCAACAUAAAGCCAGAUAUUUCCAUCAAAGAAGCUCACACGAAGGGUCCUUUUGAUGUACUCGUCCUUCCUGGGGGCCUAGGAGGCUCGCAAGCGUUGUCUGAAUCCAAAGAAGUUGGAGAUCUACUCAAAGAACAAGAGAAGUCUGGACGCCUCACUGCAGCGAUUUGUGCAGCACCGACAGCGCUGAAGGCUCAUGGGGUCUACACUGGUAAGGCGAUAACCUCUUAUCCAGCUAUGCAAGCAGAACUAGAAGAAGGUGCACAAUACAUCUAUAAACCAAACUUAGUUGUAGAAGAUGGACCAUUAAUCACAAGCCGAGGCCCUGGUACAGCUUAUCUUUUUGCACUAACCAUUGUGGAUAAACUUUACUCUCGAGAUAAAGCCUGUGAAGUCGCUAAAGCGAUGCUGGUAAACUAUUAAAAACCCUCCCAAUAGUAACGGAUGUUUAUUCACUAAAUACAAUGGCACUAUGAACGCAACAAUAAAUCAACAACUAAUCCUU